AUCCGCUGCCGUAAGCUUGCUGGACUGUUCUAUACACAUUCGUUUAUUGCUUAGCAUAGCACUACGUUUUACCGGAGACCGUAGCUGCUUCAUUCCAGCCGAGCAGAAAUGAAUCAAGCGAAGCAGGCUCUCGGACUGCUGCGUGCCCCUGCCUCCCAGGGUGCUAUGCAGCAGCUGGUUGCGUCGACUUCGUUCGGAGCCCAGCAGUUCAGGCACAUCGGUGGAGACAAGAUUCCGGAGUUCUGGGGCAAGCCGUCCGCGUACACGGAGGGAACAGCCUUCCUGGGAACGCCUAAGAACCACCUUGACCUGAUCAAGAAGCGGCCACUGUCGCCUGAUGUGAUGGGCCUUGACGGCAAGCCCCACUACAAGAUGCCGCUGGGUGCCAUGAGCUCCAUCACGAACCGUGUGACGGGUGUGGCCCUGUCUGUUGGCUUCGCGGGUGCGGGCGUCUUCGCUCUGCGCGGUACCCUGGACUCCUGCGUCGCCACCAUUGCGG